UUUGACCUUCGGUCCCGUUUAACUUUAGUUCUGAGAUCAUCGUGGUCAAUGUCGACCCAUAAUAAGCAUUUGGUGGAAUAUGACCAUCCUAUCAGAAGGCAAGGUGACAAUGGACUUUGAAGUUGGUUUUGACAGCAGUGGGAGUGACUCUUCGUCUUUGUAUAAUUCCGACUCCGGAGUCAGUGUGGAGACUCCGGCCUCAUGUAACACAUCGGCGGCCUUCAAUUUCGAACGUCCAGAUGAUGCUGAAUAUCUAUACUGUGAUCUACUUUCUUUCUAUGAAACACAUUCCGUGACAGUUAUACAGGCGGUACAGUGUCUCUCUAAUGUGGAUAUUGACAUCAGUCUUAACGCAUGUACUUAUUUAUUCAAUUUAUGCAGGUGUGGAUAUGCGUCAUUUAUCGCCCGUAUAUGUCCAGAUGUUUUCUACAAUGUAAAGAUACCUGUAUUUUGCCCUUCUUCUAGUAAGUACGUAGAUGUAGUUCAUUGCAUGAGCGGCAUUAUAAACUAUUUUUCACAGUGUCCAGAUGGACUGGUCAUGAUAGUGCACAAUGGAGGGCUUGAUGUCAUUAACGGGCUUCUGCUUUUCCCUUUUGAAUCUGUUUUAUACUUCUGUGUGACUGCCCUUCAUAACAUAUUAUUAAGUCACAAAACAGCUAAAGGUCUCAUUAAUCGAACAUGCAUUUCUAAUCGUUUAAUAAAUCUUCUAAAUUAUUCUGUUGAGCACGUAAAAUCAGACACACCGUAUUCAUUAACACCAUCAAACUUUCAGAAAAGUAUCAAUCCAAAGUUCUUGGCAGUUCUCUGUGAUUGUUUGUAUAUAUUAGCAUACAGAUCUGAAAGUACGAAAAAAACGUUUAAGGAACAAGGUGGACUAUCUUCCCUUCUCAAAGUUAUUAUGAUCUCGACUUACGAAAAAGUUUUAUGGACGGCUACCAGACUUCUUCGAGUUUUGUCUGCAUGGAUUCCCGUCAAAUAUGAAAUAAUUGCUCAAGAUCCACAUUUGGAUUUCUUUACUCAUUGUUUAGAAUGUCACUCAUCGCGAGUAAUAACAAACGCCCUAUGGACUAUGAGGAAUCUUUCAGAUAUUGCCGUAAAUAAUAUAACAUCGGAUGUCUCCGUUAAUGUAGUAAGACAGCUUCUUCAUCAACUGAGACUCAACAUAUGUAGUGAUAGCUAUGGAGCUUACUAUUCAACCAAUACUGGAGGUGAUACUCCUAUGUCCCGGUGUGUUCUAGGAGCACUAGCAAAUUUAACAUGUAGGAAUAAUGCUGCAAAGUCCUACGUUGUUCGGCAUAAUGGAAUUGAUUUAAUCAUGCAAAUAUUGUACAGUGAAAUAAGUGGACAAAAAAAUUAUUAUCAUACAUUUUGUGAUAAUCUUAGUCAAUCUAUGUUAAAUAUGUCUAUUCAAUGUAAAAAUGAUAAUGAUCAUUCUAAUAUAGUUAAAAAAUGUUUAAAUAAGUUACAUAACAAUGAUGAUAAUAAUAAUAAUCACUACCAUGUAACAAAAUCUCCAAUCAUAGCAACAACAACGACAACAGUAUCCUCAUCAUCAUCAAUAAUCAAUAAUCAAUCAAUAAAACAAAAAAAUGAAUUACAUUUAUUAAAUCACUUUUCUUCUUAUAAUAAUAAUAAAUUAAAUAAUUUAUUAAAUAUAUCAAUAUUUAAUUCAACAUUAGAUUUAAUUGAAGCAGGUUUACGUUGUUUAUCACAUUUAACAAUUGGACAUAUGGAAUUAAUAAAUGUUUAUCAUUAUUUUAUACAUCAACGUAUUGCAUCCAAAUUAAUUAUAUCAAUGGGUAAUAUAUAUUUACCAUUAUUAUUAUCAUUUCCAUUUGAUCAAUAUAUUAAUUUAUAUAAAGAUACUACUAUUAAUACUACUACUAAUAAUAAUAAUGAUAAUUGGGAAUUUGAUUGUUUAACCCAAAUACUUCAAUUAACAAAGACUUGGACUAUAUUAGUACGAAAUUUAUGUAUAAAUUAUUAUAAUAAUGAUGAAUUCACAUCUAUAACAAAAGCAAAUUCAUAUGAUACAUUAUUAAAUAAUAAUAGUAGUAAUAAUACUAAUACAAAUCUAUGGCCUAAGCAUUUACGUUCACAAUUUCGUCAUGGUAUUCAUAAAUUAGUACAAAAUUUAAGGCAUUUAAUAAAUACAAUUCCUCGAGAUUUACAACCAAAAGAACUUAAACCUACUAUGGAAUUUGUUCAUAAUGUAUCAAUGACAUUAUUCUCAUUGAAUAGCAAUAAUAAUAAUAAUAACGGUCAUAUUAAUAACAGUACCACUACCAAUUAUGAUAGUCAAUAGAAUAUUGGAUCCCUUAGUAACAAUUCAUUGAAUAACUUUAAAACAACUACUAUGAUUAAUUGGUAUUUCAAUGGUGCAUGAUCCUUUAUUUCUCUCCCCCCCCCUCUUUUUUUUUAAAAUCACAUUUAUUUUCAUGUUUUUAUUGUUGUUGCUUUGAUUGAUAUUAUUCAUUCAUCUACCUCAUUCUAUUUAAAUAAUGUUUUAUGUUACACUAAGCUGUUACCAUAUAUAUAUAUAUAUAUAUAUAUGUGAAGCAUAUAUGGGGUUAUACUCAUUUCAUUCCUACUACAUUUAUAUACCAGUGCAUUGUAUUCAGAUAGGUAUUACAAAAUGAUAAAUACAUUAUUCAAUUAAACUAUAUAUAUAAACACAUAUGAUCUACCUCAAUUUUAUUCAUGGAUUACUAUUGUCAUCAUUAAAUGAAUAUAUGAAGAGUUGUUUAUAUACAUAUAUUUGUUUCUGAUAACUUGGUUUCAUCGAAUAAUUGUUUCCAGUCUUCAUCAUCUUGUUCUAAUUAUUCUUCUUCUAUCAUAUCAAUCUUCUUCAUACUAUGAAUAUCAUCAAUUCUAUCUUUACCUCUUAGAGAUUUAUAUCUUCAAGAAUAUUCUAUUUUGUUUCAUGUUUAUAGAUCUUGUUUCAAUCUUCCUUCUUCUCUCUCUCUCCCCUCUCUCUCUCUCUCUCUCCUUCUUAUCACUAAUCUAUCUCUUUUUAAAACAUUCUAUAUGUACAUAUGAGUGUAGAUCUUUUAAUGUUUACAAGAUCUUAUCGUUUUCAUUUUAUGUUUUUUUCUUCUUCUCCUAAUCACUAUCCUUACAAUAAUCAUCAUCGUUGUUUUAUUUCGAUCAAUCUCUAAGAAGAAUACUACUACUACUGCUGCUUCUACUGUUGUUAUGGUUGUUGUUUUUGUUCUUAUAGUCACUAUCAUCUUAUUGUGAAUAGUGUAAUUCUUUAUUUUGAAUUUUUCAAUCCUAUUCAUCUUUAUUAAUUAUAUACAUAUUUCAUUGUUCUCUCUUUCUCACAUUCUAGUUUAUACACCUAUAUUCAUCAAGUAAUAAUACGAUAGAAACGAAGAAAGAGAAGAUGAUGAUGAUGAUGACAUCACUGAGUGGAUACAUCUUAUUGUGUUCAUCAGAGUAAUCUAUACUCUGAUUAUUUUGAUGAAAAUAAUUAGUCUAUCUCUGUCAUUUCAUUAAAUAUAUUUGUAUACGUGUUUGCUCAUUUACAAGCUUAUUAUUAAUACCUAUUAAUAAAUAAAUAAUUAAAUAAAUUUUCUGUUCAAUAAACAACUAUGUUUCUGUGUGUGUGUGUUUGUUUGUAUGUGUGCGCGCGUGUGUGUGUUGGUAUGUGGUAACUCUUAUUCUCCUCCUUUUCUCAUUGGCCGUAGCCAGAGCUCGCUUUCAACUCGGAUACGGGAACAUAUUCCAGCUUGGUUCUAUAAGAGUGAAAGGAAAACAGUUAGGAGUUCUAUACUUGAACACCUAAUCGACUAAAUCUUUACAUUUGUUUAACAUUUAAGAGUGAAUUGAUCAGUUCCACUAUAUAUAUAUUAUUUCUCUCUUCCCAAUAAUAUAAUUUUACUCAUCUUUCAACUGUCCAAUGCAUAAUCACUAUAUCGGAUACACGAUGGGAACUCACCUGUACACACACACACAUACAUAUACAUAUUAAUAUAGUUGUGUUCUCUUAUAAUGAAAUUCUAAAGUGUGUUUCCAUGUUGUUGUUGUUUGUUUGUUUAUUAUGAUUUAAACUGAUAAGGUUUCCGUUUUCGAUGAAAAUAUGUGAAACAUAUUAGGUUAAAUAAAGUCAUUCAUGAAAGGAAUUCCUACAUAUGAUUAUGUUUUAUUCGAUAAUAAAUGGUAUCGGUGACCUAUAUUCCAUUGAGAGUAACAGGCGUAAGUGAUAUCUGUAAUUAUAGUCAUGAUGCUUGUAAAUUAAAUGUUGGAAUUCUAUCCAGAAACCUUUAAUAUUGAACUGUUUUUUCUAUUAACUAAAAAAUUAAAAGUGAUCUAAGUUCAUUUUCAUUAGUCAAUGAUUAAUCGUCUAAUUGGUUCUGAGCUGUCCAUUGUAUUCCGUGUUUUCCCU